AUGUCGCUCUGUUUCAUCCGAUUCACCUUGACUCUGCUGCUCCUAUGCAAGAAUCUCUAUGCGGCGGACUGCCCGCUUCUCGGCCAGGCAUUUCCUCCACCUCGAAUGCUUUCCAAUUCAUCGACCUGGAAGAAAGCAAUCGAGGAUUUCGAAUCCAACCUCAAAGAACUUCUCUCCCAGUCUACUGACUUAGAUGCGAGGACCACGUCAUUUUCAAUCAAUAUCUUUUCAAGUCAUGAGGAGAACCUACUCUAUGAAUACCAUCACGAUGCCCCGGGUCUCAAAGGCUCAAUUGCUAAGGGCCAGAAACUCAAUGGAGACACAAUGUAUCGAAUUGCAAGUAUCUCAAAGGUUAUGACGCUAUAUACCUUUUUGAUCGAAGCUGGCUUCAAAUAUUUCAAUGAACCUGUUGCGAAAUUUGUCCCUGAAAUUGAGAGGGAAAUCCAGAGGCAAUGGGGGAAUAUAGAUGAUACCCUGGUUCCACAAUGGAGAGAGAUCACGGUCGGUUCUCUAGCAAAUUAUUACAACGACAUGGCCGGCAGAGUGAACCAAACAGUAACGACGCAGUUCGGUCUUCCAGCUUUAAGUGAUCCUGAGGUCCCCCGUUGUGGACAGAGGGACAUGUUCGCGGAAUUCAUCGGCCGUCAUCCGGUUUUUGCUCCUUUUAGCACUGCUAUCUAUUCGAACGUGGCUUUUGAUAUUAUUGGAUAUGCACUCGAGCAAAUCACGAAUGUUCCAUUUGAAAAAUCGGUCAAGCGCUCGAUCAUCGAUCGACUCAAGCUCAAACGUUUCGGUGUCGAAACCCCUCCCGCCACCUGGGGAAUUAUCCCAUCUGAUCCUGUAACAUCGUAUUGGAACGCGUCGGUUGGAUCCGGCAACCCUGCUGUAGGAUUUUAUUCAAGUGCGUCUGAUCUGGCUCGGGUCGGACAGUCGAUUCUGCAAUCUCGUCUGAUUUCAGAAACGGAUACUCGACGGUGGCUGAAGCCCAACUCUCACACUUCCUCUUUGCUCUCUUCCGUUGGCAGCCCCUGGGAAAUUUACCGAUCAUCAAGCCCAAGACUUGUUGAUUUUUAUACCAAAUUUGGAGACCUUGGUAGUUACGGCUCCGCAAUCGCCCUCAUCCCGGACUACGAUGUUGGAUUCACGGUUCUGGCGGCGGGUGCAAACCCAGGGCGCCAAAGGACACUCCUUGCUGAUUUAAUUGGCAGUUUACUCAGCGCCACUCUAGAAAAAGAAGCCCGGAUCCAGGCCAUAGAAGCUUUCGCAGGAACCUACACAUCCCCAUACAAUGAAAACGACAUGACCACUGUGGUGAAAAUCAGUGACGAAAAGGACAGCCCUGGUCCAGGACUAGCUAUUGACUCGUUCUAUCUCAACGGCGUUUCAUUUGAAGACCUUGUUGGUGCAUUCAUCGGGGAACCGCGGGGAACUUUCCCUAAAGUAGGUCUCCGUCUGCAGCCCACCGGCCUGACGGCAAGGUACGCCAACAGGUCGCGCGGAUCUGUCCGAGCACGAACCUCCUUCCGUGUCAUUGCGGAUAUUCCGGAGCCGGGCGCCAAUAAUAAUAUGACCAAGGAGAAGAUUUUCAGCGGUCCUUGUAAAACGUGGAUGUUGAUUGAUGGCUUGCGGUACGGAGGUAGGUCUAUUGAUGAGCUUGUCUUCGAACUCGAUGGAGCUGGGAGGGCUGUGGCGCUUGAAAUGAGAAUUACUCAACAGACGCUGCUGAGAACUGACGGUGGGAGCCCCUGA